CAUUGUGGACGGGUAGGUUUUUAAGUAGUGGGGCGAAGCAACGAGAGCGGCUUAUUAGUUUGUAUUUCGUAAUAUUGCUUUCAAACACAGAUAGCUUCCUCUCUCCAUCAAACACCAUCUGUCUCACGUUGUGUUCUUUUGAGAUCAACAUUAGAUUCUUAUGGCUUCAGAGUCUGGAAAGGACGGUGCCGGCGUCCCAAGGAAGCUUAAAUUUAAACCAAGAGCUCCACCUCGUCGAGUGAUAAAGCAAGAAGUUAAAGCUGAAGUGGUUGAUGAUGUUGAUGUUGAUGCUGAUGCAGAACAUGCUGCUAAGGAGAAUCUGCUGAAGCGUUUCCAUGAGAGGGAGAGUGCGGUGAAGGCAAAGUACAAGGUUGAGAAAAAAGUGUUAGCUUCUCAAAUUGCUUUUGGUUAUGGUGGCGAAUCAACUUCUAUGAAAUCAUAUGGUAUUCCCAGGGGUGGGAGCAGUAUCAACAUCAAUCAGAGUUCAGCAUCUAAUGGGGCGAAAGAGAAAGAAUACCAAGAGCCAUGGGACUAUGACAGUAAUUAUCCAGUAACUCUUCCCUUGAGGAGGCCUUAUUCUGGAAACCCAGCUCUUCUUGAUGACCAAGAAUUUGGGGAGGCUGCAGAGCCAAGAGCUUAUGAUGAAAAUGCAUCAAAUUCAGCAAUGGAGCUUGACCUUUUGGAGCACAACCCAGAGGCAAGUAUGUUCUUUAUUAAUUUGCCUACAAAAUUGCCUAUGAUUAAACAAUCAGCUACUGCUGGAAGCAGCGAUGUUAAUGUGAAGUCUAGACCUCAUGGGGGUUCAAAAAACGUGGAGGAGCUCUGUGAGUUGAACGAGUUAUCAUCUGGCUUCAUGGGUAAAAUGCUUGUAUACAAAAGUGGUGCAAUCAAGCUUAAGCUUGGCAAUACCCUUUAUGAUGUUUCCUCGGGUAUGAAAUGUGCCUGUGCCCAAGAUUUGGUUGCUAUCAAUACCGCUCAAAAACAUUGUUGCACAAUUGGGGAGAUCAGCAAGCGUGUUUCUAUAACCCCGGAUAUAGACGCCAUAAUUGACAAUUUGCCUGAUUUGUAAUUCAAUGCAUUUUGUUUUCGGAUAAGUUUACAUUUACAUCAUAGAAAUAAGUUUGAAGUUUUUUUUUCGUCACUCAGAAAGGAAAAUAGAAAUAAGUUUUUCUGUAUUUUUUUCAGGAGUCAAGUUCCUAUAAAACUGUGUGUUUUACGUGGUGUCACGUUCAAGUGAGAAUCUGGCUACUUUAUUUAUUUAUUUAUUGGCUGUCUAGCUCCCAUAAAUAAAACUCAUUCUGUACUU